CUGUGUGUUUAAAAAAAACACACACCAACCAUUCCGAUAAUUACUCAGGAAAAAAAUCGGAUGUUGUUUUAACCCAUCAUUAACACGAUCCGCGUGACGUUCCUGCAAUGUUUUGAUUCUGUUGACCGUGACGUCACGGUGCACUACACAAAAAUGGUUCCUACUUAGUUUUCCAUACAGGCAAUCAAAGUGUGCACAACUUUACGCGUUAAAUAUGGUCCAAAUAAAUCGCUGAGGGAAUUAACGCGGUCGAAAGGCUCGGACAUGGAGGCGUGUGCGGAAUCCGGACGCAAACUGCGCUCGAUCUGCAGAAGGAUGUACGAUGAGAACGAGGACUUGUCAGAUGUGGAGGAAAUCACAAACAUCAGGGGCUUCAGCGUGGAGGACAAACUUGAGAGCAAUUCAUACAACAGCGAAUUUGUUCAGUUUAUGGAGGGAAAAGAUUUUACUUAUGAAUAUGUUCAGAGAGAGGCACUGCGAACUCCGCUCGUAUUUAAAGCCAAAGAUGGACUGGGAAUUAGGAUGCCGGAUCCAGAAUUUACUGUAAGUGAAAUCAAGGGUUUGGUUGGCAGCAGGCGGGCUGUUGACGUGAUGGAUGUUAGCACACAGAAGGGCUCAGAGAUGAGCAUGGCUCAGUUUGUCCGCUACUAUGAGACGCCUGAGGAUGAACGUGACAAGCUGCUCAACGUCAUCAGCCUGGAGUUCAGUCACACCAAACUGGAGAAUUUGAUCAAGAGACCCACUGUGGUGGAUCUGGUGGAUUGGGUGGACAAUAUGUGGCCGCGGCAUCUUAAACAGAAACAAACCGAAGCCACAAAUGUCAUGUCUGAGAUGAAAUAUCCCAAAGUUCAAAGAUACUGUCUGAUGAGUGUAAAAGGCUGUUUCACUGACUUCCACAUCGACUUUGGCGGCACAUCAGUAUGGUACCAUGUCUUCAAAGGAAGAAAGGUCUUCUGGCUGAUUCCUCCAAGCCCACACAAUCUGUCUCUGUAUGAGGACUGGGUGCUGUCAGGCAAACAGAGUGAUAUCUUCCUGGGUGACCGUUCAGACGGCUGCCAGCGAGUAGAGCUGAAACAGGGCUACACGUUCUUCAUCCCUUCAGGUUGGAUCCAUGCCGUCUACACUCCAGAAGACACCCUGGUGUUUGGUGGGAAUAUUUUACACAGUUUUAACAUUCCCAUGCAACUCACUGUCUACGAAAUUGAGAACAGAACAAAGGUGCACUCCAAAUUCCGCUACCCUUUCUUCUAUGAGAUGUGCUGGUAUGUGUUGGAGAGGUACGUGAACUGCUUGACCAGACGUUCGCACCUCAGCCUGGACUUCCGCGUUCACGCUGCUGAACCCAAGCUUGUAACUGAGAGUCUUGUCUCUGCUCCUCGGCUUGACAUGGAGGAGGACUCGUGUGAGACACGGUUAGAGAGGACAGAGGGGACGACCCAGCCCUCCUCCACUGUCCCUCCCUAUCAGACCUUUAAAUCCCCGGCCGAUGAUUCUGAAGACAGCUUCAAGUCCCUGCCUUCAGAGUGUCCCAAGACUCCGUCUGGCUCGCCUGGAAUGGAACAUUCCGGCAAAUGGACCCACUUGACAGAGUUUGAGAUAAAUGGACUCAAGGCCUUGGUGGAGAAGCUGGAAUCCCUUCCGGAGACAAAGAAAUGCGUUCCAGAGGGCAUCGAGGAUCCACAAGCACUGCUAGAUGAUGUGAAGGUUGUGUUAAAGGAACAUGCAGAUGACAAUCCAAAGUUGGCCAUCACUGGUUCUCCUAUUGUAUGCUGGCCGAAGAAGACAGGCAAGCCACGGCCGUUUAAUCGGCCAAAAACAAAGAUGGGCUCAUCUCCAUCGGCUGCUCCAGGCUCGACAGCAGGAGGAGUGAAGCUCUCGUCCAGUCGCGGUUCAUCUAGUGCCCGGCGCAGACGGACACGCUGCAGGAAGUGCGAGGCAUGUACGCGCAAAGAGUGUGGCGAGUGCCACUUCUGCAAAGACAUGAAGAAGUUUGGUGGACCAGGCCGCAUGAAGCAGUCCUGUAUCAUGAGACAGUGCAUAGCGCCUGUUCUGCCUCACACUGCUGUGUGUCUGGUUUGCGGAGAGGCUGGGAAAGAAGACACAGUAGAGAAUGAGGAGGACAAGUUCAACAUGAUGCUUAUGGAGUGCUCUGUCUGCAACGAAAUCAUCCAUCCUGGAUGCUUGAAGGAGAAGGAUUCUGGCGGUGUUGUAAAUGAUGAGUUGCCAAAUUGCUGGGAGUGUCCGAAAUGCAAUCAUGCUGGAAAGACUGGGAAACAAAAAAGAGGCCCAGGGUUUAAGUACGCCUCUAAUCUCCCUGGCUCUAUGCUCAAAGACCAGAGAAUGAACAGGGAUGUAAAGGAAGAGCCAGAAUCUAACAUGUCUACAGAGUCCUACACCUCUACUGUUUCACCUGUUAUGAAGAAGAAGACAGAACGAGAGGACAAUCCUACCUGCAAGUCAGAAGAUGCCUUUAAGAAACGUUCUCCCAAAUUGGAGGACAACCCACUCCGCAAGAAGAGAAAACUCUUUAAAAACGACUCAGACUCAGAUUCCAAUGUCAAGAAAAAGAAGAAGCGCUCAAAGCCUGAAGAUCUCUCAACUUCUAAUGUCCUGGGACAGAUAAAGACAGAAAGAGAGGAUGAUGAGGAGUAUGAUGAGGAUAACAGACAAGAAUCGGAGAGGAGAGCUUUCAGCUUUGUGCCCUCAGAAGAAGAGGAUGGAGAUGACGAAGAGGAGGAAGAAGAAGAGGAGACAAUGAAGGAGAAGAGUAGCCGAGAGGAGAAUGGGAAGCUUGUGCACAAGACCUCAAAUGCAUUGGAAGGCGACCAAUCACAGGGCGGUUUUACCCAGGCAGGGCCCAGCAGCGACUCGGGGGUUGAUACACAGUUGAGGAGCCAGCGAAAAACCAAACGCAAACCUCGUCUGCCCAACAAAGAACUGAGCAAAGAACUAAGCAAACAACUUAAUCAGGAGAUUCAGAAGACAGAGGAUUGUCUGGCUCAUCAGAAUGGCAGGGCGGUGAAGACAGAACCAGAUAGUGAUGGAGAAGACAGAAAACCACUGAGGAAUGGCAGCAGCCAUCUGAGAGACUGGCUGGGACCUAAGCGGGAACUAAACGGAUCCUUGCGAGAACAGGUCCCGGUUAACUGGAUCAGGACUACACCUACCCCUGUCAUUCGCCCAACACCUUGCCGCUCUCCACCGAAAUGUGUUCAGAUGGAGCGUCACGUAAUUCGCCCCCCUCCGAUCAGCCCCCCUCCGGAUGGGCUGCCCCUAGAUGACGGGAAGAAUCACGUCAUGCGGAGAGAGGUGUGGAUGGCAGUGUUCAGCCACCUCACACACCAAGACCUCUGUGUCUGCAUGCGGGUCUGCAAGACCUGGAACAGAUGGUGUUGUGAUAAAAGACUGUGGACCAAGAUCGAUCUGAACCGGUGCAAGUCAAUCACUCCACUAAUGCUGAGUGGCAUUAUCCGCAGACAACCGGUCUCCCUGGACCUGAGUUGGACCAACAUCUCUAAGAAGCAGCUCAGCUGGCUAAUCAACAGAUUACCUGGUCUGAGGAUUCUGUUGCUGGCAGGCUGUUCGUGGGCAGCUGUAUCAGCUUUAUGCACAUCCAGCUGUCCUUUGCUAAGAACUUUAGAUGUGCAGUGGGUAGAGGGACUCAACGACAACCAGAUAAGAGACUUGCUCUCCCCGCCGACAGACAACAGGCCAGGUCAGUUGGACAGCAGAAGUAAACUAAGAAACGUGGAGAAUCUCUAUCUAGCUGGACUGGACAUCACAGAUACGUCCCUGAAGCUGAUCAUAAAACAUAUACCUUCACUGUCCCAAUUGGACCUUAGUUACUGUAACCACAUCACCGACCAGAGUGUGAAUAUCCUCACGGCAGCCGGCACCACGACCAGAGACUCUCUUACUCACAUCAACCUUUCAGUUUGUAACAAAGUUACAGACCUGUCGUUGACCUACUUCAAGCGCUGCGGAAACAUUUGUCACAUCGACCUGCGGUACUGCAAACAGGUGACCAAAGAGGGUUGUGAGCAGUUCAUCGCAGAGAUGUCCGUCAGCGUGCAGUUCAGACUGAUCGAGGAAAAACUACUGCGCAAACUGAGCUAGUCAACAAAGACACUGACAAUAACUUGACCUAGAACCCAGGGAACAAACAAUUUCGCCCUCCAUUUUCUACACUUUUCAAACACAGGAUGUGUGGAGCCUAACACACUCAAUAGAAAACCAGCAGAGAGAAAAAUGGCAUAUUGCUAAACGACACACUCCAAGCAAAUGCCUGAACUCAUCAACACCAGAGCUCACAAGUGAAGAAAUGUAUUCAUCUCUGGUGGCAAAUUCAGCCUUUCAAUCUGUUUAUUGUUUCCAAUUUGUUUAUGUUGUGCUUCUAAGGCAAACUUUUAUUGGUUUUUACGUUUACAAGGCACAGCUAGCAGAGCGUGCCAAUGUUAAAAUGCUGUUGAAUGGCAUGUUUAUUCAUAUCUUUUGCAUAAAUGUUAUAUAUAUAUAUAUAUAUAAAAAAAGGUUUUAAAGUCACACAGUGCUGUGUUGCAGUGACAAAACCGACUGUUAUUUUCUUUCUCGGAAAAGAAAAAUUCAAAAUGCAUGUGCUUUUUUCGUUACCAUGCAAACGUUAAGCGUCAUGCAGUGUUAAUUUUUGUAUCAGAAGGGAUUUCACAUUUUAUGUGCAGUAUUACAUGCACUCAUAAAUAUAUAUAUAUAGACUUUAUUGACAGUAUUUAGUCAGUACAAAGUUUAUUUUUUUUCUACACAGUAGGAAGUUAAGCAGAUCCCAUCUAUACUAGCUAUAGUAACUGUGCAGAUGUUUUUGUAAUGUUAAUUUAAGAUGUAACGUCUUCUAAUGUUAUAAGAUGUUCUUAAGGUACAUUCUUUUUUUCCAUAGGACUAUUACUUACCUGGGCUUCUUUAAUAUGUAUAUAUCUGGGGAAAAACGUAUUUGCACUGUUUGAACUGAAUAAAUACUGAUAUUUUUUCCAGUA